AUGUCUGCCGACCACCCUCCUCAACAACCCAUCAACCCGAAUCCGCCCACCACCGUCCGAAAACUUGUAGUGGAAGUGAUUGAGGCGCGGGACCUUCUUCCUAAAGAUGGACAGGGAAGCUCUAGUCCGUAUGUGAUCGUAGAUUUUAAUGGGCAAAAGAAGAGGACAUCGACAGUAGAAAGAAAUCUCAACCCAGUAUGGAAUGAGGCCGUGGAGUUCUUCAUGUCGAACCCGAAAACCAUGGAGUUUGAGGAGCUAUAUGUUGAAGUUUAUAAUGAUAAGAAGCUUAGCAAUGGAAAUGCUAGGAAAAAUCAUUUUCUGGGGAGGGUGAAGCUGUAUGGAACGCAAUUUGCGAAGAGGGGUGAUGAAGGAUUAGUGUAUUUUACACUGGAGAAGAAGAGUGUGUUUAGUUGGAUAAGAGGAGAAUUGGGAUUAAAAAUUUAUUAUUAUGAUGAGAUUUUAGUGGAGUUGGCGCCACCAGAAGAGCAGCAGCCACUGCCACCGCAAGAGCAGCCGCAGGCCGAGGAGGUGACCAAGAAGCCCGUUGUAAUGGUUUAUGAGGAGCCACCGCCGAUUGCGAUGCCAACGCAUAUUGCAAAGGAGACGCGGGUGCCUUCACUACCAGUGCAUCAGUAUGAGCCUCCAGGGGAGACGAUAAUUGGGCCUCCUGUUGAAGGUAUUCCGGCGCCAGAGUUCUGUCCAGGAGUGAGAAAAAUGCAGAUGGCCGGGGGGAGAGCGAAUAUUUUACGGCGACCUGCGGAUGGAGAUUAUUCCCCGAGAAUUAUCUCUGGGAAGUUCGCCGGAGACACGUCGAAGAGAAUUGCGGCCUAUGAUUUGGUCGAGCCUAUGCAGUAUUUGUUCAUCAGAAUCGUUAAAGCACGCGGGCUUUCCCAAAAUGAAAAUCCUUGUGUGAAGAUUCGUACUUCAAGCCAUAUUGUACAGUCCAAACCGACGAUGUAUCGACCAAGCGAUUCAUCUGCAAAUCCUGAGUGGCACCAAGUAUUUGCCAUAGCCUACAAUAAAGAAAAUACUGCAAAGUCCACCCUUGAAAUAUCCAUCUGGGACGGCUCGUCGGAGAAAUUCCUCGGUGGCGUAUGUUUCGAUCUCUCUGACGUGCCGGUCCGGGACCCGCCGGAUAGCCCGCUGGCCCCACAAUGGUACCAUCUCGAAGGUGGUGCAGCCGAUGAUCAAAACAGAGAAGUUUCAGGUGAUUUACAGCUUUCUGUUUGGAUUGGAACUCAGGCAGAUGAUGCAUUCCCUGAAUCUUGCAGCCCUGAUGCUCCAUUGCCACACGUAUCUUAUACACGCCCAAAAGUUUAUCAGUCUCCAAAACUUUGGUACUUGAGAGUGACAGUUAUUGAAGCUCAGGAUCUUCAUUUAAUGCCGAAUCUUCCUUCGUUAACUGUGCUGGAGAUUCGUGUGAAGGGACAGCUCGGGUUUCAGUCAGUACAGACUCGACGGGGUUGUAUGAGCCACCAUACUUCUGCAUUUCACUGGAAUGAGGAUCUAAUCUUUGUUGCAGGGGAGCCUCUUGAAGAUAGUCUCAUUUUGCUAGUGGAUGAUAGGACGGGGGAAGACCCGAUGCUGCUUGGGCACGUCCAAAUUCCUGUCGGGUCAAUCGAACAACGAUUGGAUGAGCGCCAUGUGCCGGCAAAGUGGUACAAUCUCGAAGGUGGGCCAAGUGGUAACGGAUCCUAUUGUGGGAGGCUACAUUUGAGGAUGUGCUUGGAGGGAGGUUACCACGUUCUUGAUGAAGCAGCUCAUCUUUGCAGUGAUUUUACACCCGCUGCUAAGCAAUUAUGGAAGCCUACAAUUGGGAUUUUGGAGCUUGGAAUUCUCGGUGCUCGUGGCCUAUUGCCGAUGAAAUCCAAAGACAAUGCAAAAGGGUCUACUGAUGCUUAUUGUGUUGCGAAGUAUGGGAAGAAAUGGGUUCGAACUCGAACUAUUACAGAUAGCUUUAAUCCAAGGUGGAACGAGCAGUACACAUGGCAAGUGUACGAUCCUUGUACGGUCUUGACCAUUGGUGUGUUCGACAAUUGGCGCAUGUUUGUUGAGGCAGGGGAGGAGAAAUCAGAUUAUUGUAUUGGAAAAGUCCGUAUACGGGUUUCUACGUUGCACACUAACAAGGUGUACAUGAAUUCGUAUCCUUUGAUGGCGUUGUUGAGAACAGGAUUAAAGAAGAUGGGGGAGAUUGAAUUGGCGGUUCGGUUUGCAUGUCUUUCGUUGUUGCCCGAUACGUGUGGGAUAUACUGGCAACCUUUGUUACCACGAAUGCAUUAUCUCCGCCCACUUGGUGUCGCUCAGCAGGAGGCACUACGUGGUGCUGCUACUAAAAUGGUGGCUACCUGGUUGGCUAGGUCAGAGCCACCAUUAGGACCGGAGGUGGUUAGAUACAUGUUAGACGCAGACUCGCAUACUUGGAGUAUGCGGAAAAGUAAGGCUAAUUGGUUCCGGAUAGUGGCUGUGCUUUCUUGGGCAGUCAGAUUGGCAAAAUGGUUGAAUCAUAUACGAAGGUGGACGAAUCCGGUUACAACCAUAUUAGUCCAUGUUCUAUACUUGGUUCUAGUAUGGUACCCGGAUUUGAUUGUCCCAAUGGGAUUCUUGUAUGUGUUUCUAAUAGGCGUUUGGUAUUAUCGAUUCAGGCCAAAAAUACCAGCAGGCAUGGAUGUCAAAAUAUCUCAAGCUGCAACAGUCGAUCCAGAUGAACUAGACGAGGAAUUUGAUACAAUGCCAAGUUCAAGACCACCCGAAAUUAUUCGUGUUCGUUACGACAGAUUGAGAAUAUUAGCAGCAAGAUUUCAAACAGUUUUGGGAGAUUUUGCAACACAAGGUGAAAGGGUCCAGGCCUUGGUAAGCUGGAGGGACCCUAGUGCCACAAAAUUGUUCAUCGGAUUGUGCUUUGCAAUCAUGGUGGUUUUGUAUGCUGUGCCGCCCAAAAUGGUGGCGGUGGCACUCGGAUUCUACUUCCUCCGCCACCCGAUGUUUAGGGACCCCAUGCCCCCUGCUAGUUUGAAUUUUUUCAGAAGGCUUCCCAGUUUGUCUGAUAGGUUACUUUAG